AUGAAUCGUCCAGGGAACCCAGUGCCCUACAGUGAGCCUGCUUUCCUCCUCCAGGGCGCAGAGAUCCAGAGGAGAACAAGCGGGCAGCACAGCAAGCUCUUGGAGGCUGAGGUCCAAAGCAUACUAUGGGUCUUUUUCAUCAAGGGGGAAGCCCUCUUUACUAGAAAGAGUCUCCACCCACCCGAUGAGUCCUUUUCCCAGCUGGGCACUGAGGGUUCUAUAAGAUGGGUCUGCACGUUCCAUGGUGAGAGCUGGGCCAUCUCUAGUAAGGGAUCUGGAAUUGUCAGCCGUGUCCCGGGUCUAAGAGGUGGUUUUCCUUUCGAAUGUAAAACUGACUGUGCCUUAGCAUCACCCUAUCCGGUGCCCCUGGGGCAGCAGGUGGUGGCCAGGAGAGUGGAUGCCUGCUCCAGAUCUAGAUGCCUAGUGGGGCUUCUAUUUGGUUUGGGGUAUUUCUGUCUUCUGCUCUGCAACUGGGGGGAGCAAAGCUAG